UCGAUCCCGAUUGUCGGAGCGCUCACCGCCAAUCACCUGACACCAUCGACACCACGACGUCACUCGUCUCCUCCCACCUCCCCUCGCCAUCACAUCUUGCCUCCACACUAUCAAUGCCUCUCCGAUAAUGGCAAAGGACAAGGAAAAGGAAGACGAGGGCCCUCCCGGCGCCGGUACGCUCUUCGUGUAUCACGGCGGCGCUGCGCCAACCAUCGAGUGGGCCAAGCUCCCACAGACGCAGCCUCGCCUUUUACCAUCGCCCGACGUCCUCCUUGACCGCGGCAUCGCAGACUACUCGUACGUGCCCCGCGACGAAGGCGGCGUGCUCGGCCGCGGCAAGUUCAGCACCGUGUAUCGCGUCCGCUCCGGAAAGAAGGAGUUCGCUCUCAAGCACACCCCAUUAUACCCCCACCACCCACUCAUCGCCGCGCGUCUCUUGCGAGAACCAACGCUCCUUGCCCAACUUCCUCCGCAUCCCUGCCUUAUCGGUGUCGAUGGCUUCGUACGCACCGACGGUCAUUUCUAUCUCGUUGAGGAGUGCGCCCGGACUCACGUCCCCCUCCCCCACCACCCCGUCCCCCUCGCCCCCAGCCGUGCCGCCUACAUCCUCGAUCAACUCGUCAGCGUUGUCCGCGAUGACUUGCAUGCCGGGCGCGUAUGCCACCGCGAUCUCAAGGGCGACAAUAUCCUUAUCGACAUUGAAACAGGCAACAUCCUCCUCCUUGACCUCGGCCUCGGCACAAACUUCUCCGCGUCCGAGCCCAAGCUCACGACGUGCUGUGGCUCACCAGCCUUCCACUCACCGGAGAUAGUCAACGCUCUCAACCACCGCCCAGGGGAAGUCACAUACUACGGGCCCGAAGUUGACAUCUGGUGCAUCGCGCUGACUAUGCUCGCAAUGCUACUGCAGACACGUUUCCCCCUCGGCCCACAUCACAAGUCGCGGACCAUCAUGGGCGAGCGGGCCGCCGAAUGCCUCGAGCUCAUGGAUGUCAUAUAUCCACCAGGCGAGCCGUGGCGCGCGCUUGGGCCCGGCGUAGUCACGCAGCUGACUGACAUCGAGCUCGUCGAGGAGGAACUAGCGUGGACACGCGUUCGCAGAGCGAUGUACAACUUCGUGGACUUGGAUGCGCAUCGCCGCAUGAAGGCCUUCGCAAAGUACGACGUGGGACAGUACAUGCGGGCACGUGUGAUUGACCACGCACGCAUGGUGGCCUUCCGCACCUUCAAGACGACAACCUUUGUGCCAUCAGAGGUCAAGUACACGCUACCACUUUACCUCGAAAUGGACGAUAAUGGGCCAAUAGUCUUCCGCAAUCCGAGCCACGAGAGUGAGAAGCGCAUCCUCUCCUACAUCAAAUACCUCCUCCGCUGCGCCGGUAUCCUCUACCACCACCUCCCCGACACAUCCCCGCCCGUCUUGCAACUCGUCCUGCCGCUCGCACCGCCAGCUCAAGCGGACGACGACCGCCUGCCUCAAACCACUGAAGGGUGGGUAGCACAGCUGUUGGGACUGGGACGCAAAUCUCCCUUCCGCUCCAACAGUGUCCCUCCACCAAGUGUGCGCAAGGAGGCGCCGCCACCCCAGGCAGACCUGAGGGGCAAGCGCGCGUGGGCGCAGCAAGCAUGGAUGCAGAUCAAGGUCGAGAAAGCCGGCAAUCUCUCAGGCAGCGUGGCGGCGUCCCGCGCUCCAAGCCGCGCCCCCUCGCGCCCCUCCUCCCGCCCCAGCUCGAAACCCGGGAGCCGGAACGCGAGCAAGUCGCGCCCCGGCUCGCGCUCCCGCGCGCUCUCGACGCCCGAGGAGCCGCUGAGCCCCGCCCCCGACCACAUCACUCUGGAACCGCUGCAGGAGGGCAAGCCGCACCAACACCUCAUGCGGAGUCUGUCAAGCCUCACAGCUGAGCGCAAGGCCGGCAAGAAGCCAAUGCCCGUCAGAACUGUGUCGACGCCGCUGCUGGACGACCCCCCAUCGCCGCCGCCGUCACCGGAGGCGCUCCUCGGCGCGCCGCUGCGCCGCACAGUCUCUGUGUCGAUCGCGGCGCUCGCGCACGCCCCGCGCGUUGUGCUCACGCUCACUGAGCCGCGGGGAUACGACGUUGUGCGAGACGCGCUGGCGGCCGCCAUCCCCCCGCCGCCGACGGAGAGCGUAACCCGGCGGCGCAAGCCCGACGUGCCCCCCACGCCCCCGACGCGCGCCCUCGCGAUCCCCAGCACGAGCGGGGACGAGGGCGAGCCGUCGCGCGGCCGCUCGCGCAGCAAGGAGACACCGCCGUCGUACCUCCGCGAGGAUAGGGAGCGGAGCGCGACGGUCAAGCCCACCGGCGGCAAAGCCCAGCCUGUGGGCAGCCUUGGCGUGGAUACCGGAAGCGGGCAUAGCACGCCGCGGCCGUCCAAACCCCGGAGACGGGAUAGUAGCAAGGAUAGAGAGCGGGCGCGGCGGAACGGAGAUCGGAGAGAGCAGACGAGCGAUUCGGGGCAUUCACGCUCGUCGGCGUCGGGGUUGGCGCCGCAAUCACGUGAAGACAGCUCGAAUUCGUCGCGGCGUGGGGAUAGCUCCCACUCGCGAGCGGGGGAGAGCAUGACUUCGCGCCGCUCCAACCCCAGCGAGAGCGGGAGUAUGCUCCUCCUCAACGUCGGCAAGGCUGGAGCGGCCGCCGCGAUAGCCAGCAGACCUGUCGCGCGGCGCUCGUCCUCUGUCCCUCCCCUCUUACCCGUCUCGCCCCUAAAGACACUAGGCAUGACCCACCGAGAAUAAUCACGAGACGAGACACUGGUCAACCCGCACACAAUAGACUGACGAUCACGACUCUCGAAUCUGUAGUACCCCCGACUGUAUUGGCCAGUAACACCGACAACGAUGCAUUUUCUUACCAGCGAUAGGUCUUACCUGGGCCACGGCCCCGCUGAGUAUUUUAUGGCGAGCAAAGAGAAGGGACACGGAAGAGGAGGCGACGCGAUGCGGUCUACACCUAGUACCGCGGCCGCGCGUCAUAUCCGCCAC